UUCCACUGAAGGACAAAGGGAGGGGGCAGAGCGAGCAUUUUAGCAGCCUGCAACACCGACACACAUCCGAGGGGGGUAAUAGAGAAAAGAGAGAGAUUGGAGAAUAAACAAGAAGAGAAGAUGAGGAUUAAUAUGCUGCUCCUGCUGCUUCUGUGACGGUGGGCUGCCUGUUAGAGUGUUUGCCUGGUUUUCCAUUUUUCUCACAGACACUUUCCUUUACACACUUUAUCUUUCUCUUGAUCUGUCAGCGGUUCUUUCUCUCCGUCUCUCAGAAGCACUCUCUUUGCCUUUCUCUGUUCUACUCUGACUACUGCAGUAGUCCAACAGCCAGUCGCAAGUCUGAGAGCCACACACAUGGCUAACUGCCGAAACUUACUACCUCAGCUUUGGGAAAAAAACAAAAAAAUAGGAGAGCAGAGGAACACUAGAGGAGGCAGACCAGGAGGCAAUCAACGACCAUAAAGAAGAAUCUUCAAAUCCUUUGUUUAUGGAUACAGAAACCACUUCUACUCUCGUCCUUCCAACGUCAUCCUUUCUCUUCUCUCUCAUUGCAGAAGAGGACAAGAGGGCUCUCUCUCUUUUUCUCUCUUCCGUCAGCCUUUUGCAAAGCUCCGACAGCGCAGCGUAUCCCUUUCUCUAACCCCCCACACAGCGCCACCAUCUCUCCCUCAACCCCCUUCCCCCCAAGAGGAAUAGACGGAUUACUGCUAACUGUGCACACGGCAGCUUGCAGCUGCUCUGACCAGGGCCAGCCCAAUCUUAGGAAAAGGCAAGAGGAACACAGAGGAGGAGAGCAGAAGAGGAUGACUGUGCCGGGAGUUCCUUAGCCUUUUUCUGUCUCUCAGUCUCUGUCACAACAGGGCUAAUCAGCGACCGACAAGCCCUUGGCAAAGUCACAGUGAGGGAGGUCUCUCACUCAAACAGGCGACUAACCAAGGAGCCAACACAUGUACCUGGAGCUGACUGAACGAGGAUUUUUCUUUUCUUUCAAUUCAGUUAGUCACUUUUUCUCCCCUCUUCUGUUGCAAUGGACUGCAUAAUGGAUCGCUGUGAUUUAUCCACAGUGGAGCUGAAUUUCAGAGUCUGCAGUCUUGCAGAGGGAAACUUAGUGAAGAAGGAAAGGAUCUAGGCACUGGCUAAGACUUGGUGGCCUUACCUUUGACUGAUAAUUAGCAAAAGAAAGCAUCCAUCUCGAGUCGUUUUGAGGGAUUAUAAAUAAAGCUGAUGCAAGACCGUUGCUUUUCAAUUAGGAAAAAGCCAGAAGGAAGCAAUUUCAAACUAAUGAGCAUCUUCCUGCACAGUCAAUGGAACUUGGGAGCAUUGAGUUGCUCCAGCCAGGCUAGGGUGGUCUGUCCUUUGGUGUGUGCCGUCUCCCCCCACCAUGCAGAAUAAUGAGCCCUCCACAUCAUGAGUCCUUUGGGCCAGGUUAGUGUGCAGCCUACCUGGAACACAGCCCUGCUCGCCGUGAUCUCCCUCAUGGUGCCUGCUCUCAGUAUGUGCCAAUCCACAGGCCCUGAGUCGGGCUUUGUAAACCCACAAAACUGUCCAGGUGUGUGCUCCUGCACUAACCAGCUCACCAAGGUUGUCUGUACCCGCCGUGGCUUGAUAAGAGUUCCUCCAAACAUCCCAACCAAUACCAGGUAUCUAAACUUAAUGGAGAACAGCAUAGAGACCAUUGAGGCAGACACGUUCAGACACUUGCGUCAUCUAGAAGUGCUGCAGUUGGGAAGGAACGCAAUCAGACAGAUUGAAGUAGGGGCCUUCAAUGGCCUGGCCAGUCUCAACACUCUGGAGUUGUUUGACAACAGACUGACAGUCAUACCCAGUGGAGCUUUCGAGUAUCUGUCAAAAUUAAGAGAACUGUGGCUCAGAAAUAAUCCUAUUGAUAGCAUCCCUUCUUAUGCCUUCAAUCGUGUCCCCUCACUCAUGAGACUAGACCUUGGGGAACUGAGAAGAUUGGAAUACAUCUCUGAGGGGGCAUUUGAGGGCCUUCAUAACCUCAAGUACCUUAAUUUGGGAAUGUGCAAUCUAAGGGAGUUACCUCAUCUGUCACCUUUAGUGGGAUUGGAAGAGUUGGAGAUAUCGGAUAAUGUUUUUCCAGAGUUGAAGCCUUGGGCCUUCCAUGGACUCAAAAAUUUACGUAAACUAUGGAUUAUGAAUUCUGCCAUAACAACGAUUGAAAGGAAUGCUUUUGAUGACAUCACAGCUUUGGUUGAACUCAAUCUUGCUCAUAAUAAUCUGUCAUCUCUGCCCCACAACUUGUUUACUCCUCUACAGUACCUGGUGGAACUACAUCUACAUCACAACCCUUGGAGCUGUGACUGUGAUGUAGUUUGGUUGUCGGCAUGGCUCAGAGAAAACAUUCCCACAAAUUCCACCUGCUGUGGCCGCUGUCACACCCCUAUACACAUAAGAGGAAGACACCUGGUGGAAAUUGAUCAGACAACUUUCCAAUGCUCAGCCCCGUUCAUACUCGAUGCUCCAAGAGAUCUGAACAUUUCGGCUGCAAGGGUGGCAGAACUAAGGUGCCGCACAGCAGCCAUGAGUUCAGUUCGAUGGCUUCUGCCCAAUGGAACUGUGUUGACCCAUGGCUCAGCUCACCCAAGAAUAUCAGUGCUCAAUGAUGGAACCCUCAACUUUUCCAAUGUUCUCCCAUCAGAUACGGGAAUCUACACGUGCAUGGUGAGCAACAUGGCAGGAAAUUCCAACGCCUCUGCCUACUUAAAUAUCAGCAAUGCUGAACUCAAUACAUCCAAUCUGUCAUACUUUACCACUGUAACAGUGGAAGUGCUGGAUCCAACAGUGGAGGAGACGCCCAAGCCUAAACCCACUGUCCCUGCUUCACCCUCUGUCUUUCAACCCGUCUUCAUCUCCACACCCACUGUUUUGUUUCAAAACACUCAGACUCCAAGGCAGGUAUCCGUCCCAAGUCCCAGAGCCCCUGCAGAGCCAGCUGCCAGCCUGGAUGAGAUGAUGAAAACCACCAAAAUCAUCAUUGGCUGUUUUGUAGCCGUUACCUUAGUGGCAGCUGCCAUGCUGAUAGCAUUCUAUAAAUUGCGUAAGAGGCAUCAGCAAAGGAGUACUGUGGCAGCAGCCAGGACCAUAGAAAUAAUACAGAUGGAGGAACAAGUUCCCCCUGUCCCACCGACAUCUAGAUCUAGUGGUUCUGAUGACACAGGAUUGGCACUGCCAACAUUAGUGGAACACAACAGCAACACAUUUAAGCCUGGUUUUGUCGCGUCUUCUUCCUCAUCUCGACAAGGAAGUUACAGAGCCCACUGGACCCAGAACAACUCUCUUCAUCGUUCAGUCAGAGAGCAUCAUGGUCACAUCAGCACCAUUGCUGAUCCAUAUGUUAUUACAACUACUCAAGGAAAGGAAAAGGUUCAGGAGACUCAAAUCUGACAGAAACUUCUUGGGGCUUUAUCUCAGACUCUGACUUUACUCAAAGCACUCUUCUCCCAGCUGCUCACCUGUCCAUGCAACAGAAUGCACAAGGGGCAUAAAUGUAACUUUCUUUUGUACAGAACUGCAAAACAGACAUAUUUUUUCUCCUGUACAUGCCUAUAUAUGUGUAUAAAUAUUGAAAAUAUAUCUUAUAUAUA